AUCAUUGUGGUAUCAGGGUUGGUGUUUGCUGUUGCCAUUACUGUAGCUUUGAUAUUGUCCAUCUACUUAGGACCUCCGCAGAUUGGAGAUACAGGGGCAGUAGCCACUGACGUUGAGCAAUGUUCUGAUUUAGGGCUACAGAUAUUAAAAGAUGGCGGAAAUGCAGUAGAUGCAGCUGUCACGGCAACGCUAUGUCUUGGCGUUAUUAAUCCGCAGAGCUCUGGUCUUGGAGGAGGAGGUUUCAUGUUGGUCCAUGAUCAUAAAGUGGACAAGUCAUGGGUGUAUGAUUUUCGAGAGGUAGCACCUGCAUUACUGACCGCUGAUAUGUUUGGUUCCGAUGAAAACUUUGGUCUAUCAGUAGGGGUACCUGGUGAACUGAAAGGAUUGUCUGCUGCUCAUACAGCACAUGGAAAAUUAAAGUGGUACAACGUGGUAAAACCGGUGGCAGAUUUAGCAAGGAAUGGUUUUAAUGUCACAAAAGCUCUAGGUAAUUAUAGCAAAAAGGAUCUCCCAAAGGGUUAUGAGUCAGUUUGA